AAAAACAUAGAGCCAAAAGCCGCAAGGUGUUUAGCGAGGAAAUGAAUUUCAAUCGUGCCCUAGCUCACUUGAGAGAGCUCUCGAUCUCUUCUGCACCCUUCUCCUUCUCCCAAGCUCAUGAGCCAUAGCGCUGCCGAUCCUCGUAUCGCCUUCUCCGCUUAUCUGGGUUCACAUGAGCAUAGGGAGAUCCCGAUUGAUCCUUUUCGAAGAUCACCGCAAGGCAGGAAUGAUCUUAGUGAAUCUAGCAAUGCAAGAACAUCACCUUCUUUAAAAGCAAGAGCAAGUUGUACUAAGAAAAUUGGGCAUGCAUACCUAAGAAGCCAAAUAUUCGGGCUGGUUACAACAUGCAUAAACUUAUCUUCUAAGGCAAGCAUUGCACAACAAUCUUCAUCUAUUCCUGAUGUAAUGAAAAUUUUAGAACAAAUACCAAAAGUUUAUGAGGAUAUUUCGUUGUAUGUUUACUCAUUGAAGCAAAUUGAAGAUCCUACCAAGAGGGAUAUUUUCACGUCAAUGGCACUAAAGAGGACGUUGCAUUACUUUCACUUCUUCUAUGAAAAUUUCAUUUCUAAUUAA